AUGCAACAGUUACAGCAGACUAUUCAAGCGCAGGAACAAGCUGCUCAGCAGCAGCAAGAACAGCAGGUGCAGACUGUUCCGAUCGGGACGAGAAACCUUUCGCGUAACAUCCCUACUACGCGCUCUGCCAUUGUUUCCCCACCCUGCACCAGGCAGGACUUCGAGAUCAAGCCUGCUUUUAUUGGUCUAGUACAGAGAAAAGUGUUCUCUGCAUUCCUCAACCAUUUCUACUCUAAGGCGAGAACAACUGCAUUGAGGAACAAGAUCACCUCCUUCAGACAGCUCACUGAUGAGCCUUUCUGCGAGGCAUGUGAGCGCUUCAAUGACUAUCGCAGAGAAUGUCCUCACCAUGGAUUUGUUGACGACUACCUUUUGGAAAUUUUCUACGAUGUAGUUGACUGGGAAAUUCAGAGUGCUAUGAACUCUGCCAGCAAUGGAGACUUCAUGACUCAGACCACUGAUAGAGCGUUUGAGCUGAUUGAGAACAUGUCUGCUACCUCAGCCAAUAAGAACGAGGAGAGUGAUUGCUCCAAGAAAGGGAACAGUUUUGACACCCAGAAGAUAGAUGAGCUGGCUGCCAAGGUUGAUCAGCUACUGAAAAACAACCAAGGUCACGUCUUCAGCAUGGAGCAAGCUACGGCCGGGCAUAUUCAGAACCAGAACCAGCGACAACCGCAGAGCAAUCGGCAAGCUAUUCCAGCUACCGGGAACAGCCAACUAGAUGAGCUGAAGGGUCUGGGUAUGAUGAUGCAACAGCUGUUGCAGGGUCAGCAGGUUCAAGCCAAAGUGUUGAAUCAGGUAACCACGGAAAUGGACACCAGGAUGGGCAACAUGUUCACUGAGCUGAAUGCCAAGUAUGACACUCUUGCGAGCCACAUAAGAAAGAUCGAUGUUCAGCUUGCUCAAACAGCUGAGAGUGUCAAGAGGCAACAAGGGAUGAUCCCUGGAAAAAAUGAUAAAAAUCCUAGGAAUGAGCACUGUAAUGCAAUAGAGCAGCCGUUCGCUGAGACUGUUCUAGGCGCAGAAGAGAACACAGAGCAGUCUGCUAGCUCUGGAGUGACUGCUCCUAGCGAACCUGCUGAGACUCCACCAGUGCGAGUCUAUGUUCCUAGGGUUCCCUAUCCAAUUCCACCUAAACAUCUGAUGGAUCCUAUUAGUGCAGAGCAGCUGGCUGGGUUUAGGAAGAUGGUAAGAAGGCUUCCUCAAAAGAUCUCAUUUGAACAUGCUUGGGAGAUUCGGCCAUUGCACAUGUUCUUCAAAAAUUGCAGAGAAUCUCAGGAGGAAAUCAAGGCACUCUUUACUGAAGCAUUGACACCAUCGCUGAAGGUACUUCCUAAGGUUGAUAACCCUGGAAAGUUUGUUAUUCCUUGUUCCAUUGCUGGAGUGGAAUUCAAGGAAGCUCUUUGUGAUUCUGGGUCUAGUGUGAACCUUGUCUCAAAAGCGAUUGUAGACGAGCAGGGCAUUGUUGAUGUUGAGCCUUCUCAAGUGAAGCUGACUUUUGCAAACUCUUCCAUGGCAGUCCCUUAUGGAACAAUUUGCAAUCUUCCUGUUCAGGUUGAGGACUGUGUGCUCCAUACCGAAUUUCUGGUUGUUGAGAUGAGCAAGGAUCAUGAGAUGUCUUUGAUCUUUGGAAUGUCAUUUAUGGCUACAGUGGGAGCGAUCGUCGACAUGCCUAAUAAGAGAGUCUCCUUCUCCAACAUCAACAAGAAGUGGAGUGGAGAACAGCCGGAAAUUGUUCCUAAGAAGGAGCUUGGUAAAAAAGGUGAGAUCAAAAAAGUCAUGGAUGGAGAUCCUCACACUGAUACUAAGAAACUCGGUGGGAAUGCAAAGGCGAAUGAAAAAGUCCAAAAGAAAAGGGUUAAGGGUGACCCUAUGAUGACUUUGAUACCUCGGUUGUUUGAUGAGAAAUCCAUUGAGUAUGAGGAGCGACUGCUCCAGGCGGAGAUCUUGCGAUGGAACACCCAGAAUUUUCUUGGAGCGCCCGCUCCACUCAGGUCGGAGAGGAAAGAAUCAACACAGCCUCUUAGUCGUUACUGCUGCAGAAAUUCAUUCAGAAAGAAGAACAAGCAGAUUUAG